ACAUCACUCCCUCCCUCCCCCAUUUCCUCUCUCUCCCUCCCAGAGUUUACUCCUCUCUGAGUUCGAUUCUUACUUCCGGGGUUUAUGGUAUGCAAAUCGUUUGGAUUAGUCUUCCAGUGAAAAUAUGCUCUUGCGAGUUCGUUAAUAUCUGAGUUUACCGGGGGACGAGUCGCGCGGAUUUUCUCAGCAGGUGGAUCUCAGACCUCGAGCAUGAAUUCUCAGAUUGAAGAAGGUAAGAGUGCAGAAUGGACCAAUGAGAAGCAUAGAUUAUAUCUUGAAUCCAUUGAAACAUCUUUUGUUAAUCGGCUCUAUAAUUCUUCGGAUCUUCUUAGUUGGCGCCAACAAAAAGGGAACUUGUCAAACAUAAAAUCGUCCAGGCAAGCCUGUUGUAAUCCUCGUGUACCCUCUGGCCAGUUUAAGGUUCUUCGUCGUGGUUGCUGGCAAAAGGUCAAUUUUGAAAGACCUGGAGUUCAGUUAAACAAGGAAGAUGAAUCCCUUGGGUUUCUGGCAAGUCCUUGGAUUAGGCAUUUUAGUCCUGUGUACAAGCCCCAGGUUUUAGCACCAGCAAGUCUCCAAGGAAGUUCUGCAUUGAAAAGCCAAGCAAUUGCUUCAACUGCGAGGAAAGACGUGCCCUACAACCCCGAAUCAGCUACUGGUUCAAGGCAGUUUCAUGUGUAUCGCUCCCCCUUACAGGAUCAAGAUUUUAUUGACUCCACCGAAGCAGAGGUGUCAGACCAGAAUUUUGUUGAUGAAGAAAUUAGAGGCGAGAAUGCAAGCGGUAUCUGCAGCUCCGAGAAAGACAAGAAUGUUGACAACUAAUUUUCCAAGUGAUUAUCUAGCAAUAUGUCUCUUUAUUUCAUUGUUAAUCAGUUGCCAGAAUCGGAAUAGCUUCAACAAUCUUAUCUAGCUGUCUAAAUGUUAUGCAUUUCUCGUUUUUUCUAGGCCUUCUUAAGCCUCUGGUAACAUGAACAUUUACUUCUCUGGGACUCUGUUAGAAGGUAAGUUACUUGCAUGUGGGGAAUUUAAAUGGUGUAUGAAGUGAUGAAAGAUUUAACGAGGAAGCUGUAUGUAUUAAAAAAAUAGGGGAAGACUUCUGUUACCGAGUUUUGUCUUCAUACUGCCUUUUCCUUUCAUAUUUAAUCUUGUCGCAGCCAUGGGUGCAUCAAUAUUACAAGGUUGGAUGGGCAAUAGCUAGUUGUCUACUGCCUUUGUGGUGUAA